GGAUUGGAACACCUGAAUCACAUGAUAUGGAGGGGAUUGGAGCACCUGAAUCACAUGAUAUGGAGGGGAAUGGAACACCUGAAUCACAUGAUAUGGAGGGGAUUGGAAACACCUGAAUCACAUGAUUGGGGGGCGGGGACAAUACUUUGGGCAAUAUAUGUGACUGGAGGAGGUCGGAUGAGGAGAACUCUCCAGACAGUACAGAGGAUGCUCUCCAGUCUCUUGAAAAAGGAGACGUGCGGGACUCUGCUCACUACUUCCCAUGUGAUU